GAGUCUAUUCACUUGUGCAACACGACAGUACAGUUGAAGUAUCGACAGUUACCGAGAUGCAAUUCUGACUUACCUAAGCAACGUCAUUGGAAUCUUCAAAACUUCAAGAAUUAUCUCCAAUCACGCGGUCAAAAAUUGGCUUGGGAAAGAAUUAUUAGACCGGGAAUAAAACAAAAUCUGAUAGGAGCGCUUCUGGCAUCACAGGAUAAUAUGGUAAAUCGUAAAAAGAGUUUUCAAUUGUAUGGCGCUGAUUUCGUCGUGGCCGAUGAUUUUUCGGUGUGGCUGUUAGAAAUAAAUACAAAUCCACGAUUGCAUCCUCCAAGCAGCGAAGUUACCGCAAAACUCUAUCCGGAAGUCAUUGAAGACGCAAUGAAAAUAAUCUUGGAUCGGCGUAAAAACAAAAAAGCAUUCCAAGGAAAAUUCGAAUGUAUUUACAAGCAACAUAAUCCAUUUUGCGGCGUGAAUAUUUUGGGACAAGGCGUGAGUCUUGGCAUUCGUGGCAAGGGUUUAUUCGUGACGCCGAAAUGAUCAACGUAAUAUAUAACUAUAAUAAGUAACUGUAUAAAGUAACAUUGCUAAAAUUCAUCUGUCAGAAAGUCUAUAUCGCAAAGAACUGUCUCAAUCUCUAUCAUAAUCGGUUAGAUAUAACGCAAGCAAUUUUGUAUUAGCAUAUAAACAAAAUAUCAUAAAUUACCAUCUACAUGUAUAAAAAAAACAUUUUCCUUUUUUAUAUUAUAUGCUGUCUAACACAUGGUAAAUGGAAGAAUAAUCAAAGAGCAACAUUUUAUUAAAAACGUGUUUAUGUUACAAAUAACAAUGCUAUAGGUAUACAAUCCUGUAUAGACAAAAUGUUUUUCUUUUUACGGAACAAUGUAUACACGUUAUUACACGGUUAACGUAGAUAGGAUUAUGUCACGCUUCACGUAUCAUUCAUUACUCACGUACAAAAUCAUUUUUGCAACUUUUUAAAUCGUUAUAUUACUUCAUUUGAUUUUUUAAUCGUAAAACGUAUAUCGUUCCAUUUUGCCGCUUUGCAGAAUAUAUUCUGCGUCAGAUCGAAAUAAUGUACAUUAUUUAGAUAAUAUAUAAUCUUAAUAUAAUUGUAAAAUAGUUGUCCGGUGUUUACAGUGUUUCCAAUAAAAAUCAUUGCGAACAUUAUUAUCGUGGAGGUUGUUCAUAAAAAACAACUGUUU